AUGGAGGGAGACGUGACGGACAAGCAGGAGGACACUGCCUCCGUGUGCGAGUUUGAUCCCAUCACGGGGAAUAUCCCCGCCACCAAAGUGGAGAUCUCAGUCUCUUGCAGGGACCUGUUAGAUCGAGACACAUUCUCCAAGUCAGACCCAAUGUGUGUUCUUUAUACGCAAGGUGUGGAGUCCAAGCAGUGGAGGGAGUUUGGGAGGACAGAAGUGAUCGACAACACGCUGAACCCAGAUUUUGUCAGGAAAUACAUCCUGGACUACUUCUUUGAGGAGAAGCAGACUCUGCGGUUUGACAUAUAUGACAUCGACUCUAAAAGCCCAGACCUGUCCAAGCAUCCCACCGACUUCAACGACUUCCUGGGUCAGGCCUUCUGCACUCUGGGUGAGAUAGUUGGUUCGCCGGCCAGUCGCCUGGAAAAGCCCCUGGGGGGCAUUCCUGGGAAGACAUGCGGAACCAUCAUUCUUGCAGCAGAGGAGCUGGGGAACUGCAGAGACUUUGCUACCAUGCAGUUCUGUGCCAACAAACUUGAUAAGAAGGAUUUCUUCGGCAGGUCGGACCCUUUCAUGGUCUUCUACAGGAGUAAUGAGGACGGCACGUUUACCAUCUGUCACAAGACUGAGGUGGUCAAGAACACCCUCAAUCCAGUUUGGCAGCCCUUCUCAAUUCCCGUCAGAGCCCUGUGCAAUGGAGAUUACGACAGGUCUAUCAAGAUUGAAGUGUAUGACUGGGAUAGAGAUGGCAGCCACGACUUCAUUGGGGAGUUCACCACCAGCUUCAGAGAGCUCUCGCGCGGACAGAGCCAGUUCAAUGUCUAUGAGGUGGUCAAUGCCAAGAAGAAGCUCAAGAAGCGACGCUACAUCAACUCAGGGACGGUGUCUCUGCUGGCGUUCUCCGUGGAGUCAGAACACACCUUCCUGGACUACAUCAAGGCAGGCACCCAGAUCCAUUUUACAGUGGCUAUUGAUUUCACAGCUUCUAAUGGUAACCCAUCCCAGUCCACCUCCCUGCACUACAUGAACCCGUACCAGAUGAACGCCUACGCCAUGGCCCUGAAGGCGGUGGGGGAGAUCAUCCAGGACUACGACAGCGACAAGAUGUUCCCCGCGCUGGGCUUCGGGGCCAAGCUGCCUCCUGAUGGAAGAGUCUCGCAUGAGUUCCCACUGAACGGCAUUGUGGACAACCCCUACUGCAAUGGCAUCGAGGGUAUUUUAGAGGCGUACCACCAGAGCCUUAAGACGGUUCAACUCUAUGGGCCGACCAACUUCGCUCCAAUCAUCAACCACGUGGCUGGGUAUGCCGCAGCUGUGCAGGAUGGUUCUCAAUAUUUCGUCCUGCUCAUCAUCACAGACGGAGUCAUAUCCGACAUGGCCCAGACCAAAGAGGCUAUUGUCAACGGUGCUAAACUGCCUAUGUCCAUAAUCAUUGUUGGAGUUGGACAAGCCGAGUUUGAUGCUAUGGUGGAACUGGACGGUGAUGACAUCAGGAUUUCCUCACGAGGGAAGUUGGCUGAGAGAGACAUUGUUCAGUUUGUGCCGUUCCGGGACUACAUGGACCGCACGGGGAACCACGUGCUGAGCAUGGCCCGGCUGGCCAAGGACGUGCUGGCCGAGAUCCCCGACCAGCUCAUCUCCUACAUGAAGUCCAAGGGCAUCAAGCCUCACCACACCCCCACAGACUGCUCGCCGUCUGCCCCCGCCUCACCUGUGGCUGUAUGA